GAAUUCUUACCACCGGAAGUCAUUCAAAUCGAAGGGGGAAACGUUUGCUGGCUACCCACUAAAGAAAAAAAACGCAUUUUUCAACUCAAAUGCUAUAACAAAUGCUUUAAGAAUAUAAAGAGAAUCUCGCGAGUCAUAUUAUUCUCCCUGUUUGAUAUGUGAUUGUUUUUUUGCAAGUGCUAAUGCUAACGGUAAGCUGUUGACUAGCCGAUUAGCUGACAGCUGAGUAAUAGGAACACAACGCAAAUUAAAACUACUGGGACAUUGCUCGGAGUGUAAACAUGGGUACCAAUGCCGAGCGGAAAUUUAUAAAUCUCCGAAAGCGUCUGGAUCAGUUGGGAUACAGGCAGCCGUUAGGCAUCGAGUCGUUGCCUUUAGUUGAAAAGCUUUUUAGCGAUUUAGUCCACACCACCGAAAGUCUUCGGAACGCCAAGCUCUCAGCUGGGAAGACAGAAAAGGAGAGUCGGAAUCUUGACGCUCUGCUGGAGCCGUAUAAGACAGAAAAUGCCCGACUCGUCCGAGAGAACAACGAACUGCACUUAGGGCUUCUUAAGUUGAAGGAGGAUAAGGACCGGACCACUCGAGAGCUAAAGGCUUUCAUCCGGAAACUGGACCACGAGACCUCGGAUCUAAAGUUCCUCAACAAUCAGUAUGUGCACAAGGUCCGCGUCCUGGAGAAGGACAGCAAAGCUAAAAGUGACCGCAUUCAGCAGCUUCAGGAGAAGAACAUGCAGGCUGUAGUGCAGACCCCAGGUGGGAAAAAGAGACCAAUCCCUUUCAGGCGCCAGCGGAUGCAGAUCGACGAACUCCUCCCUGCCUCCCAUGGCGUCUCUUCUCCAGUAGUGGCACAGCCCGAUGACCCGUACAUUGCCGAUCUUCUCCUGGUGGCUGACAACCGGAUUCAGGAGUUGCAGCAGGAAGUGACAGCGCUGAAGUUGGACUUGGAAAGAGCCCAGGGGGGUAUUAAGCACCUCAAUGCUCAGGUGGAGGAACGAGAUAAAGAGAUUGAGCGCCUGAAUCGGGCUCUAGAUGGAGGGCGCCCAUACGAUGUCAUUUCUCUGGAGGCUCAGAACAUCAGUAACGAAAAGCUCAUUGCUCAUUUGAACUUACAGAUUGAGUACCUGCAAGAGACAAACAGGGCAUUGGAGCAGAAGCUAGAUGGACUACAGCAGAAGAAGAAGACUGUUUUCAGUGAGGUGGCUGACCUGAGCGCAAGGAACCAGGAACUGUGCAGUGAACUCACCCAGAUAGACCAGCUCGCACAGCAGUUAGAGAGAGACAAAGAGAUGGUGUUGGAGACGGCUGACAUGGAGCUGCAAGAGGCCAUGAAAGAGAUUCAGCGUCUGAAGAGACAAACAGAAGAACUGGAGGAGGUCAUUUCGAAACUAAGACACAGCCUAGCAGAAGGCGAGCAUGAGAAGGACCGUCUGAAGGAUCAGCUAGCAGAAGUGCAGGAGGAGAAUGUGAAGAUUGAGGGAUUAAUGAAUUUCCUGGAGGAGGAAAAGCAGAGGCUGCAGGACAAAGUAGAGAGAAUGACGCAAGAUGCUAAAGAAACGGUGUUAGAAUUGGAGCGCAUGCGCACUCGGCACGGCUUGUGUGCCAAAGAGCGCUCUCCGUCUCGACUGGACGCUUUUGUAAAAAGCUUGGAAGAAGAAAGGGACCACUACAGACACGAGGCGGAGAAAUACCGAAAAACAAGGGGCGGGGCAGGCAGUGUGAGUCCUUCCAAGAGCAGAAGUCCUAGAGGGCGUAGGAACUGGCCUGUAAGAGAAGAGAGUGCGGACACUGAGCUGUCACAUGCUCUAAGAGAGAGAGAUGAGCUGCAAGCCAUGUUGCUGGGCUUUGAGAAACACAUGGAAGACAUUCAGAUGAAAGUCAAACUGCUCACCACUGAGAGAGACCAGCUCAGCACCCAAUAUCAACAGGCUAAGGAGGAGCUGCAGAGAGUUCGUAGCAAGUCAGCGUUUUCUCCUGAUCUGCAUCAAAGAAUGAGAGAGGAGAGAGAGCAGGCAGACACCGAACUCCAUAAAGUCACAACAGAAAGAGACACUCUCCGUGAGAGACUCAAGGUGGCUCAGACAUCAGCUCUGACUGACAGAGAACAAGAAGAGAUAAGAAUAAUGGAGCUGGAGAACACUGUUCAGCUGCUGGAGAGAGAGCGGGCAGAUUUGCGCACUCAAGUGGCCGUAUUAAAGGAGAGGCGGGUAGCCUUUGAAGAUGAGCUGAAGGCCCGCUCCACAGCCUUGCUUCAGAACGCAGAAGAGACAGCCAAGCACAAGGCUGAAAACAGUGCUCUGAGGCUGUUGCAGGAGCAGAUGGAGAACUCUCUCUCUGACGUUCAGCACAGAUUGUCUGUAAAGGCUAGCGAACUACAGGCAGCUCACCAACAGUUAGACAAAUUAGAGGAGAGAAUUACUGAGCUGAGUCGGAAUGGAUCGUCUAAGAAAGAGGAGGUGGCAGCGCUGCAGACUGCCGUGGCAUCUCUGGAUCGAGAGAAGGACGUUUUGCAGGAAGCAGUGGACCAAAAGGCAGAGAGCAUGGUCCUGCUGCAGGACCAACUACACAAGAAGGAAAAGAUGCUGACAGAAGUUCGCCUCACCAUCACCGAAAUGGAGACUUCUUUAGAACACGUAAAGGGAGCGCUGAGCGGCCGCGAGCGUGAGAUAGCUAGUCUGCGGAGGCAGCUCGAUCAGUCACAGGAGGAGCUCUCGUCAGUCAGCCGAGACAGAGAGAUUGCGCUGAGGGAGAACCGCAGGUUACAGGACGACCUGGCCACCAUGACCAGAGAAAACCAGGCAGUGCACAGAGAAAUGGAAGAAGCCCUGAGAGAGAGGAACGAGCUGAAGAUGAGAGUCCAUUCCUAUAUUACCGAAGUGGCCAAGAUUGAGAAAAUAAUGGCGAGUAAGGAACAGGAGAACCGGGAGAUGUUGGAGCGUUUCCGCUCGGCACACAUGGACGCUGAGGAGCGCGAGCUAAAACUGCAGCAGGCCGAGGGUCUCAACAACUCUAUCAAACUGGAGCUUCUCUCCUCCGACACGGAGCGCAGACACCUCCGAGAGAAAGUCUCCCUUCAGGAGAGAGAGAUACAGGAGCACAUGAACGCGCUGCAGGCGUACGAGGCUCAGGCAUCCUCGAUGGUACGGGCAACAACUCGGCUGGAGGAGGAGCUGCAGUCAGCGCGGGCUGAGAAGGCAUCGGUCCUGGCUGAUCUCGCCUCGGUACGAGAGCUCUGCGUUAAACUAGACUCUAGCAAAGAGCUGACCACACGUCAACUCGCUGCCAAGAGCAUGGAACUGGAGAGGGUGACUGGUGAGCUGGAGGAUGUACGCUCAGAGAUGGAGCUCCUGAAGAAACAGCUGGCGAGUGAGAAGCUGACCGUGCGUAACUUGGAGACGCUGCUGUCUACCAAUCGACAGAAAGAGUUUCAGAACCACCUCAGCGCAAGUGAGAGGCAGUCAGAGCUGAAAUUGCAAGACCGCCUGGCUCUCGCAGACAGCAAAACGGCAAGCUACGCUAAAGAGGUUUCUCAGCUGCGUGGAAAAAUGUCUCGGCUCCAGACGGAAAUGGACGCACUGAAGAGGCAGUUGACAACCGAGCGCUUUGAGCGGGAAAGAGCGGUCCAGGAGAUGCGAAGGCAGGGCGUCUCUUUUACUUCACUGCGCAGCUCAUCACCCCUCACUACCUCGCUCAGUCCCCGCCCACUGUCCCCGGAACCUUCUGCGUUACGCACACCUGAGCGCUUAAUUGAAAAAUCACCAGAAUAAAAUGUGAGCUUUAAGGACUAGAGAGGAAAAGCAACCUGAGACUCUUCAGAAAGCAGACAGCGGAAGCUGUUACACUCCGGAAACACUUUUCAUACAUCAUCGCUCUUAUUGUGAAUUGGGUAGGCUGUAUUUUAUUACAGUUAAAAUUCCAUUGUGGCAUGAAUUCGAAAUAAUGUCUUUUUGCAUUCAGAUUAUUUUUUUUUAUUAUUGUAAACAAAAAAAACCCUUAAAUUUAUUCUCGAUUGUUAUUUUUGGAAAUGCAGUGACAUGCUUUUACAGGGACAAACCGUCGAAUUAUGCCACCAAAGCCAAACAGAAUGUUAUACUUUCUUUCUUUUUUUUUUUUCCUAAAAAUUUAAAGAAUCUAACUCACUGUUGUUGUUUUUUUUAUAUUUUUAUAUAUAUAUAUAUAUAUAUAUAUAUAUAUAUAUAUAUAUAUAUAUACUGUAUGUGUAGCUAUUGCAUUUUUAAAUAAGCACUUUUGUGGCACAGGCAGAAGAAUUUGUAAUUCAUUUAUUUAUUUUUUUGUAAAUGAUUUUGGAUUAAAAAGCCUGCAGAGCUUUUAAUGGACCAGACUGUGAACGAGACCGAACAAUACUGUAAGUUGGGAAACGACCCAAGUCCCUCAUGGCUGUCAUUGUUACUGAGAGCUUGCGAACUUCUCUCAAAAUCCAAACCGGUGUUGUGUUUUGUAAGUCAUUUGUAUGUUUUAUUUGAUUCAUUAACUUAUUAAUUUGAAUAAAAAUGUACUUAGUUA